AAAUAAAGUUCGUUCUUUUGAGUGAAACGAAUGCGAUUUGUUGAGUCAACUCUAUAUUUCUUAAUAGAUAAGAAAUCUUGUUUUGUUUCGUGCUCGGUUCCGUGAGUCUCGCGCGUAAUCCUGCCAGUGCACGGCGCGCGCCUCGAUCUGCUUUUCCCGCCGGUUUCGCAGAGUACGCAUGGCGUCAUAAUCUACCGAAUUUCGCGAGUGCCGUGAGAUCGUGAUUGAGAAUAUUUGUGAAGUUGAAGGUAACCCUCCGUCGUCGAGGUCGAGGAGUCGCGUAGCGGGUGUGUAUGUGUGUGCACGUGUGUCGCGCGGAUUCGCACGCCAGGACGAUCGAUAAGCCGUCCGUCGUCAGGAUCGCGUCUUCCGGGGAACAAGACGCGGAUCGUCGGGAAGCCCGGCACGUGCCGGCACCGUUCCCUCGAGCCUAUACAAGCCGGCGAAAACCUAACCUGCAAAGGCAACUGACGCUUCGAGCCUAAUGAUGGAAGAUUUUUUGUGCGAUCUAUUGUCACCGUCCAAAGAGGACAUUUUAAGGAGAUUACAGGAUAAUGACAUAACCGACAUGAAGACUCUGGGAGAAAUAAUUACCGGCCACGUUGACUUCAAAGAAUUAAUUCCCAGCAUGGGGUUAAGACUUAAAAUCAAAUCAAAAUAUAUGAGCAUGACAAAUGUUAAAUUUCCAAGUGUCAAAAAUCAACAAGAAGAACCCGUAAUCGCCGGAAUUGUCAACGCUGACGGAUCCGUUUUAUCGGAUACUGAUGCAGUGCACCUGGAUGUACACAGCCAAAUUACCGAUUCACUACAUACAAAUAUUGUUGAACCACCACAGUUAUUGCAGGACGAUAAAGUUGUUACUGAGAGUCGUAAUAAAGAAAGCGCGGAAUCAGCUGAGACAUUCAAUUUACAAGACACAGAUCUGGUCACAAAAAAAAGAAAAUUAAACCGGGGUGUAGACUUUGACGUAAAAGAAAUAUUGGAAAAAGAUGCAACGGGACGAGCGGUACUAAACAUUUAUAACAACACGAGGGACUUAUCAACAAAAUGUCAAAGUUAUGUAUGUGACAUCAUUGUCACACAUGCUUUGAACAACUGCAUAACAAAUCUUCGAAACGAGGAUUUUGACGCUAUUGCUGAUAAUAUCGUUCACGUAUUUCCGGAAGAAUGUAAAGAAACAUAUUAUGUUCCUCCUGUGUCUAAAAGAGAUUCUUCAAACCAAAAAUCGAAAGUUGCUAAAGGGAAGUUGGUGGAUAAAUACCGGAAUAAAAUUUCAUUUUUACGAGAAGCGAAAAUAAAUGUAACAAGCGACGUAAUACCUGAGGCAGCUACUUGCAUGUCGUCGGAAGCGCAUCAGGAAAACAGUAAAUUAUGGCUAAUCCACAAUAGAGCACCGUGGGCUGACGUCAUAAACCAUUGGAAUACUUCGUAUACAUUGCGACUGGUAAAUUGCAUGAACAAGAAAACUCUUCAUGACCUGUUAGAAGAAUGGCCAAUUCUAUUAACGGAGAACAGUUACUUGCUAAUUGAACAGGAUUUUUGCCAAAAAUAUAAAGAGCAAGAUCAACUCUUGAUACGCAAGUGGAAUGAUUAUUUUAACGCCGUACUAUCUUUAAAUAGGAAAUAUCUUAGUCAAUCAGAUGAAUUACUCUUGGAGGUCCUGAAGAAUGGAAACCUAACUCAGAAUUCUCAGAAUUUUAUUCAAAUUUCCCUUCUCGCGGCAUUAGUACCGCCGAAAUCUAACAAAAUUUCCAUUAAAAAACAGGGAAGGAGAACCUAUUGGAAGCCUUCCACCGUUGAAAGUAGGGAAGGAAUUAUUUUACUUGUCACGGUUCCCGGAGAUAUUCAAGAGGUUGUACGGCAAAGAACUGAAAAAUUAUAUCAAUUCGGGCAGACGGUUCAGCCAUUCGUAGUAGUUGUUGGGGCAGAAGUAACUUCUAUCGAGAAAGUCUAUCUGUGCAUCGAUGAACGACUUAUAGAAAUACCUUCUGUGUUAAAAGCCCUGGACGUGGCGUUCAAAACGUUUAUUUCAUACAACGUACGGUAGCCACUAGAAAGUAACCACUUGUGGUACCUACUACAAUGGGGUGUUUAUGGUAUUGAAACCGCUUUCGACGACAAAAUACCGUCAAUUUGCAAUUUAGUUAACAAAUUAAAAAAACAAGUAUAAGGAACGUGAAUAACAGCAGCAUGAAAAUAUUUCGGUUAAUAAAGCACUUAUAAUAAUAUUUAUAAUAUACUUAUAAUAAUACUUAUAAUACUUAUAAUAAUACUUAUAAUAUACUUAUAAUAAUACUUAUAAUAUACUUAUAAUAUACUUACUUAUAAUAAUAAUAAAGCAUUACUUAUAAUAAAAAAUUAUGGAUUGCAAAAUUUGUGGGCUAAUUAUUCGCGGGGAGAGCCAACAGUUAUUAGGUCAUAUAAAAUGUUUGCACCCGAUGGAAAAUGAAUAUACGUGUAUCCAUAAAAAAUGCAUGCGCAAAUUCGUAACUGUUUCUUCAUUAAAAAAACAUGUCCGCAUAUGCACAUUUAAUCUCGGCAGUACAAGCAAUGUAAAUAAUACUCACCACGAUAUCGUUUCAAAUAGCCCUUCCGAAACUUUUGGCUAUUUGCAAUCUUGCAGUACGGAUGCACAGUCUAAUGCUAUUGAAUCUCCAAAAUCACUCGAGACUGGCAUACAUGAAUCGAUAUUAAAAUUUAUUGGGAAUUUAUAUAGUGAAUCAUCAAUUGCAAAAUCUACGGUUCAAAAAAUUACGGAUCAAUUGUCGGAAACUGUAAAUGAUGUCCUACAGGAAGUUAAACAGAAAGUACAGAAGGUGUUACCAAUAGAAUUUCAUGUACAAGUUAAGGAUUGUUUUGACGUAUCGUUUCUCAGGGAUUUGAAUACAGAGUAUAACCGAAUAUGCUAUUUGAAAAAAUGCAAACAUUUUAUAUCACCGGAAUCAUUUAUUAUUGGAGAGAUGUCAAAUAAUAAAAUAGAAAAUGGAAAAAGUGUUUUAAAAAUGACAAAAUGUGAAGGUCAAAUCGUACCAAUGCGGAAAGUUUUGAAGUCAUUUUUAGAAUUGCCAAACGAAACUAUAACAGCCUAUAUUGAGAAAGAAUCUUCUUGCACAGAUGGAAAUUAUUCAAAUUUAUUUCACGGUUUUCUUUGGAAAAAUAUAAAAAGUAAUUUCCAGAAUAAAAUAUUGAUCCCCUUGUUUGUAUAUUAUGAUGAUUUCGAAACAGGAAAUCCGAUGUCGUCUUCAGCCGGUAUCCACAAAGUUGGUGGAAUGUAUUAUUCUGUUGCAGCAAUACCUUCCGCAUUUUCGUCAACUUUAGACAAUAUACAUCUCGGUCAAUUAAUUUAUAGUUCUGACCGAUCAAAUUUUGGAAAUGAGAAAUGCUUUUAUCCAAUUAUACAAGAAUUAAAAUUUCUUAGCGAGACAGGCAUUUUGGUUUCCAUAAACGGUCAGGAAAAUCGCGUAUACUUUACAAUGUUUGGGUUACUUGGUGAUAAUUUAGGAUUAAACGGUCUUCUCGGUUUUACCGAGAGUUUUUCAGCACAGUAUUUUUGCCGAAUAUGUCGUGCAUCGAAAACUGAAACUUCCCAACAAUAUAUAGAGUGUGCCGAUUAUUUAAGAAAUACAGAAAAUUACGAAGCUGAUGUGAUUAAUUUAACUGGUGGCGUUAAAGAACGAUGCAUUUUUAAUCAAAUACCGAAUUUUCAUAAUGUGAUAAAUUUAACGUGCGAUAUUAUGCAUGACCUUUUUGAAGGGGUGUGUAGAUAUGACAUGGCAGAAAUUAUUGGCCACAUUAUUGAAAUGAAAUAUAUUUCAUUAGACCAAUUAAAUGAUAGAUUACAGUAUUUUAUUCACACCGAUGUUGAUAAAGGGAAUAAAAUAUCUUCGAUAAAUUCUAGGCACAUUAAGGUUGCCUUAUUACGACUUCUGCAGAAAUGUCGUAUUUAAUUUGUUACUUCGGAAUGAUCGUCAGUGACGUAAUUCCUGAAGACGACGAGGUCUGGAUUUUAUACCAAACAUUAUACGAUAUUGUCAAUAUAGUUACAAGUAGAAUUAUUUCAGAAAAAGAAAUCACACAUUUACAGCAAUUGAUUAAAGAGCACAAUAAGUUAUAUAUGACGUUAUUUAAUAAAACACUAAAACCGAAAUAUCAUUUCUUAAUCCAUUAUCCAAACAUUAUUCGUCUCAUGGGCUCUUUAAAAAAUUUAUCUUUUAUCCGCUUUGAAGCGUAUCACAAAAUAUGUAAGACAUAUGCCCGAAUUGUAGCUUCACGCAGAAACCUAUUGUUAACAUUAUCCACAAAACUGCAAUUACAAUUUAGCUAUCGAUUAUUAACUAAAAAAGGCUUCACUACAUCGGUAAAUGUAGGUCGCACUAUUGGGAGAUUGCCUUAUUAUUUAAAACCUGAAAUACUCUCAAAAGUUUGUUCGGAAGAAGAUUACGAAGUAUCAUGGAUACAAAUUAAUGGAAAAAUGUAUAAAUCAAAUUACAAUAUACGUUUAGGCAUAAACGAUGACGAUAAUCCAGUAUUUGCAACAAUUGUAUCCGUAAUAAUAUCUUAUAAUAAUAAUAGCGUUUAUUUCACGUAUAAGAUUUGUGAUACACUAGGUUUAAAUAGUCAUGCUAAAGCAUACGAAAUUAGAUUACAAGGACACGAAAUUAAGAAAAUUCAAGUGUACAAAAUUGACGAAAACUACAACAAUGUACCACCCGUAUAUGCAGCGCAUACGACAUCCGGCGGUCGCUGCAUGAUUUCCACCAGACAUUAAUAUCAUGUAUAUUAUAUAAAACAAUAUUUAAAUAAAAAAACAUUUCAAAAUA